CAUAUAAUUAACCUUAUCCAAGCAAACCAACACCCCCUUGGGUGUCUGUGGUGUGUUUAUCUUCAAUGUUGAAGCAAACAGGGAAAUGGGCCAUAUCUUCCUCACGCUUACCUAAUCUCUCAAAGCUCAACCCUCAUCUUCACAUUCACAAUACUGUAUUUUUAAUCCCCAAAAUCGGAGAUCUAAUAUUAAGCACUCAGGUACAAGUUUCAAGCAUUCGUUGUAGUGCAAGAAGAAGAGUGAGAUAUGAGGAUGAAAAUGAAGAUGAAGAAGAAGAUGAGUCUGGACAUAAUGAGAAGAUUGCUUUGUUGGAAAUGUAUACUCAAUCUGCAAGAGAAGAAGCUCUUCUUGUUCAAGCAGUUGUGGAUGAGCAAGAAGUAGAAGUGCUCAUUUUCAAGGGAUUCUCUUCGAGCUUGAGCUACGAGACUUCACCGGAUCCAUCGAGGAGUGUUCUUCCGACGAGGGCAGUAAUCAAGUCCAUAGACAGAAUUAAGGGGCCUUUUGACCCCUCCAAUAUAGAGUAUAUAGAGAAAGGCCUAACUUGGGAAUCCUUCAAAACCCGUUUUGCUUCAGCAUGAUUUUGUAAAAAUACAUUUUAAGUCUCCCAAUUUCUUCGUGUUUUUUCUGUAAUUGAGUCUUGUUACUAAUGUCGAUCCCAAAUUUUUUGAAUAAAA